GACGCCCCGGGGUGCUGGCGCCGGGGCGACUUCGGCGAGUGCCUGCUGCGGGUGCGCGUGAAGGAUGACCCCUGGGCGUGCUACCGCGGCCUGGUGCCCGUCUGGGCGCGCACGGCCGCGUGGGUGCACUGCUGCGGCGGCUCCGGCAGGCUCGCCGCGAAGGUCAUGUUGGCCCCUUGCCCGGAGAUGCAGUGCUGCUCCGUUCGGCCGCUGUCAGCCGACUUCAAGAGGUCUGCCGUCAUGCUUCUCUGGGAUGGCAGCAGCGGGGCCCUCCCCGCCUGGCUCACCUGCGAGUCGGCGCCGGACGACCGGUGGCGCCGCCUUCGCCAGGCGCUCGAGGGCCACACCGCCGGCGAUCGAGCAGGCGACGCUGCGAUCGAGCUGGCGCAGGAGCUGCUGGCCACCGUCGCCGGCCCCGAGGGCCAGGCGACGCUGGCGCGCUUCCGUGGCGCCUACCACGACUGGGGCCUGGGGCCCACGCCCGAGUUCUGCCUCGCGGGCUACGCCGCGGCCCUCUACGCCGUGGGGGCCGCCGCGCCGGGGCUCCAGCGGGAGUGGAACCGCCUGCUGCUGCAGCAGCUGCUGAACGUCGGCUACUGGCAGUCCUCGGAGAUGCUGCCGCUCGCGUGGGUCCUCGACAUGUCGGGCUGGCCCCUCUCGGCGGCAGAGGUGGUGAAUUUCGCGUUGACUGGCGCCUUGGGUACCACUCAGAGGCGGGGUGUGCCCGGGGCGGCCCUGGCGACGGCCCCGCCCGGCCCGGAGCACGAGCUCGGCGCGGCACGUCCCGAGCGCGGGUUCGGCGCGCAGCUGCGGCACCGGGACGGCGCAGGCGGCGCGGCAAUUUGUGGGCGUGAAGGUCGUCGGAGCGUUGAUUCCAGAUUCGAGGUUUUCGGACGUUUUCGUUGGUUCUCCGCGGUCUCCUAG